AUGAGCGACUACGACGAUGACUACGACGAUUACGAUGGCGACUUCUUCUAUGUCGAAGAUGAAUACAUGGCAGCCGACGACCUCGCAGAGCACGCUGUUGCCUCACCACCACCGGCAACAUGCGGCGAUGAGGAUAUGGAGGACGACUGGGACCGUUUUGACUACUUCAACGACCUCGAGUACGCAUCAGACGGCUAUGACGAUAUCCAGUUCCAAGCCCUCGAUGUAAAGGGCGCCAAAGCAGGCCUGAAGAGGAAGCGAGUAGUGAGGAGCGCUCCAGCUAAGAAGAGGUUAGCCAAGGAGAGUGUGAACACGCAGACCGAACCGACACCACUAGGACACUCGCCCAUUGUUUGGCGUUCGCAGGCGAAUCGUGGCACAAAGCCCAAGACACUCGACGACAACGCGCAGCCAUAUGCUUUGUUUAAGAACUGGAGGGAGAAGCUCGCAGACAUACCAGAGUGGGCGAAAGGCUCACCACCCAGUUCGCCAGGGACACGACCAUCACGGCCGGGCAAAGGUAAGGCAAAAGUGGCGUUUGUUACAGAGCCUGUAUCGCCUCCCUACGACGAAGACGAUGAUGGCGACGUUGAAGACGAUGAUGAUAUGGACGAAGGAGAAGAUGGCAUACCUCAGGAAGCGCUAAUGGCAGCAUUACAGCGACAACUUGCUACUGCUGGCGGACCACUUAGCGGUAUGGACCCCCAACAGUUGCUCGAGUUUGCCAUGCGUAUGGCGACGGACAAGGAUGCUGGUGACGACAUCGCGGGCGAGAUGGCAGAGGCGAUGCUAGGUGGAGAGGACGAUGAAGAUGACGCAGAUGCAGAAGAAAAACUCCUUUCAUGGGUAGCUCAACAGCGAAAUGGGACAGAUCAAGAAACCGCUGGCAAGGAGGAGGACAUAAUAGAAGAAACCGCACACCAGCCACCAACGCCGCCCUCAUCGGACCUCAAGCGCAGUGUUUGCGUCUCCGAGACCAGCAUCGCUUCUUCCAACAACGUUUCGACCCACCUAGCUGCAGAGACUGACACAAAAAAGACUUCUCUUAAGCGGAAGGCAGAAGACGAGCCCAUUGGUGAAGGUUCUACAAAGGUGCUCAAGAAGAAAGCAACGAGGUCAUUCGACGCGCCCACAGCAUCAAGCCAUGCUAAAACCGCUCCAUCGCGGCCGACGACACGAUCUAAGCCUGGGAAGCGUAAGUGA